AAGAAAUAGUAGUCCAAUCGAAUUCCCUCCCUUCCUCUAGUUCGGAUCCUCGUCUCCAAGAUUGUUUUUUUUUUUUCACUCCCUCUCUCGGAGGUUUCUAGCGUGUCAGUCGUAGCGGGAGGACGCUGCCGGCAGCGGUCGGCCGUGGGGGCGUUGGAGCGGUCUUCUUUGGGUUCGGAUUUAUUGUUUGCGUUUCGUUGGAGAAUGAGGAGCGGCUCUCGUGAGAUCCUCGGCGUCCCCGCGAAGUACUGUUUAUGACGAUAGAGGGUUGAUUUUGUCUUAGAGUUUGGGGAUUGUUUGAUCAUUGCAGGACGAGGAACAACGCAUUGCUCCUUGUUUCUUGGACGCCAGUUUCAUGGCGACCACCAAAAGGGCCUACAAACUACAGGAGUUUGUCGCUCAUUCUUCCAAUGUGAAUUGCCUAAAGAUUGGGAGGAAAACUUCAAGGGUUCUUGUGACGGGAGGGGAGGACCGCAAGGUCAAUGUUUGGGCUAUUGGAAAGCCCAAUGCCAUUUUGAGCCUAAGUGGUCAUAUGAGUGCAGUUGAAUCGGUAAAUUUUGAUUCAUCCGAGGUAUUGGUUGCUGCUGGUGCAACUAGCGGGUCAAUAAAAUUAUGGAAUUUGGAAGAAGCAAAGAUUGUUCGCACUCUAACGGGUCAUAGGUCAAACUGUAUAGCAGUUGAUUUUCAUCCCUUUGGCGAAUUCUUUGCUUCUGGGUCACUAGAUACAAAUCUGAAAAUAUGGGAUAUCAGAAGAAAGGGAUGCAUCCAUACCUACAAGGGCCAUACAAGGGGGGUUAAUGCUGUUAAGUUCACCCCUGAUGGCCGAUGGGUAGUUUCAGGCGGGGAAGACAAUAUUAUAAAGCUAUGGGAUCUUACUGCUGGAAAACUUUUACAUGAAUUUAAGAUCCAUGAGGGUCAAAUUCAGUGUAUUGAUUUCCAUCCGCAUGAGUUUCUUCUGGCAUCAGGUUCAGCUGAUAAGACUGUCAAAUUCUGGGAUAUUGAGACAUUUGAGUUUAUAGGGUCUUCUGGACCUGAGGCUUCCGGUAUACGUUCGAUGACAUUUAAUCCGGAUGGGAGAACAUUGCUAUGUGGUUUGCAUGAAAGUCUGAAGGUAUUUUCCUGGGAACCAAUAGUGUGCCAUGAUAAUGUGGAUGUGGGAUGGUCUAGAUUAUCAGAUAUGAAUAUUCAUGAGGGAAAACUUCUUGGAUGUUCAUACAAUCAAAGUUGUGUUGGAGUAUGGGUUGUGGACCUCUCUCGCAUUGAACCAUAUGCUGUUGUUGCUAGCUCUAGAUCAAAUGGUAAUUCAAGCCAAAAGUCUACAUCGGUUGGUAAUCCAUCUAUCCAAGCUGGUAACAUAAAGUCUAGUAUGAGGAGGCUAUCAAUAUUACAGAGUUCUGAAACAAAUUCUAAGGAGACGAAUUUAUUACCAGCAACAGCCAAUCUUCCUGGUACCCCUCAAAGGAGCGGGGCAUGUGCUAGCAUGAGAGCACCUGUGACGGCACCAGAAUUUGCUGCUUCAUCUGUAAAAAGAAGUUUAUCAAAAGUUCAGUCUACAUCCAACCUUCAGACCAACAGAGCAGAUUUAGUACCUGUGAUUGUUCCAAGAACUAGCAUGAGGAUAGAGUUGCCUUCUGAUUCUAUCAAUGACUCUGGGAUUGGUAGAACAAUGUCAUUUGAUAUCCAAGCAAAAUUUACUGAAUUUUGGAAGGUAUCAAACAUCAGACAGAAUUCUGAUAAAAUAGAUAUAUCCAUUCAAUCUGGAUUUUUGGGUAGUAGAAAUAUUGAACAAAAUGAACUUUUGGACCAAACUUCUGUUUCUUCUGGCAAUGCUGGAACUCAUUUGACAGUCGAAGAAAAAAAUCUGGAUGGUGCUAAACACAUGGUUAAAGGAAGGAUCAGAUCCAAUUCAUUCAGAGAGCCACAUUUGCACUUUGAUCAGGAAAACUUCCAUAAACCAAAGGAAACAUUCUCUUCUAGUGUUUCACGACGAGGAAGAACAAAGUCACUUAUAAACUGGGAAGGAAUGGAACCUUCUCCAAGCUAUGAUCAUCCAACAUCAAGCAGUGCUUCUGAGAAGACAGUUGUUUCUCGCUCCUCGUACUCUUUGAGAAGUUACAAGAAGAAUACUGAAAUUGAAACUCUACCUGUUUCUGAUGAGGAUUCUAUACAAAUUAUAUUGAGGAGUCAUGACCAAUUCUUAAACUCAAUGCAAUCUCGAUUAACCAAAUUACAGGUAGUUCAGCGGCUAUGGGAAAGAAAUGAUGUCAAAGGUGUCAUCAGUGCACUUGAAAGAAUGUCUGAUCAUGGUGUGUCUGCUGACGUAUUGUGCUCUCUGAAAGAUAAAAGUGAUGUUAUUACUCUGGAUAUCUUCACUUCUCUCCUGCCACUUUUAACAAGCCUUCUUGAAAGUAAGAGGGAUAGGCAUUUAAGUGUCACUCUAGAAAUGCUGCUGAAGCUUGUAAGGAUUUUCAGUCCUGUAAUCCAUUCAACCAUAUCGGCAGGUCCAUCUGUUGGUGUUGAUCUUCAAGCAGAACAGAGGAUGGAAAGGUGCAAUCUCUGCUUCAUUGAGCUGGAAAAGGUCAAGCAUAGUAUUUCUUCCCUGACGAGAAGAGGAGGGUCUAUUGCAAAGGAUGCAGGAGAGUUGAAUCUUGCUCUCCAGGAAGUGCUGUGACUAACAUAUACCUCAUUUAUAGUGGAAUUGCCAUUCUUUUUCCUCCAUAGAAAGCUGGUCAUUUAGCUGCUCAAUAGGGACCCAACCAGAUGAGCAUCGAAGCUAAACUCUCCAAGUCUCCGAAAUCUUAUCUUUAGUUAUUAGCUAACCUAAGUAUUGUCAGACUUCCGUUGGAUUGCUGCAGCUGAGUUCAUUUCCAGGAUAACACUCCAGGAGUAAGAAUUUCAUUAUCAUUUCUUUGGAAUCGAGUAGAAUCCAACUGCUAUGCUUCUGUUAGCUGAGUUGCUUUCCUCUGUUGCACAAGGCGCGGCGCUGCACUUGGCUUGGCUUGGUGAAAUUACUGUUCAUAGAAUAAAUACUAUUAUUUUUUUUAAAAAAAAUGUUUAACUAGGUAAUACUGAUUUGACUCCUUGGAAAUUUUCCACCGAUCGUUAGGAUAAAUUAGAAAGUACUCGUGGUGAGUGGUUCAAAAGUUCAAUAUCCCGUGAUUGUGUGUUCCAUUUGGAAAUUUUUUUUUAACAAAUAUGCUGUAAUUGGGGACUACAGAUGUCUGGGUGACACUCUUCUAUUGCACCGUAGUCCUGGGACAUAGAUGCUAUUA